AUUCCAUCGUCCCAAGCCUCUCUCUCUCUCUCUCUCUCCCUCUGACACACACACACACACACACACAGAGUAUUUUAUUCAUUUUAUUCUGUUUUAUUUUGAAUAUUAAUAUUAUUUAUUUCGUGUAUUUGGCACCUGAAAGUCCGUCACUCGGCGCGCGCGCGUCUGUCGCAAACGUUCCUUCCGGUCUCCGGACAGAAUGCCGGUUAUUCUUCGGUGAAAUCAGCGCUGAGAGUCUCGGACCGCAACAGAUACAACGGGAAUAAAACCCGAGAGGAAGCGGGCACUUAUUAAGCGUGAAUAAUUCCGCCUGCUCUGUUUUUGUCUCCUUCAUCAGCGCACCGAAGCGCGGACAGAAUGGAGAAGCUGCUGAAUCAGUGGUUUUGGUCAAAGGAGUUCUGGCUUCCUCCAGCUGUUACAUGGCAUGACAUUGAAGGAAGCACAACGAGGGGCAGUCGCUAUCCUCAUCCUCAUGACCUCCUUGUCUCUCUUCCUCUGGCGCUGGGGUUCAUCGCUGUCCGCUUUGCUUUCGAAAGGGUGGUGGCUCUGCCCCUAAGUAGGAAGUUGGGAGUGUUUGACAGGGCGCAGGUCCAAGUGCUGCCCAACCCCAUACUGGAGGCUUUUUACAUGCAGAGGAAGAAACACUUUACGCAGAGCGAGCUCACGGGCCUGGAGAAGCAUUGCGGCCUCACACUGCGUCAGAUUCAGAACUGGCUCAGGUUUCGCCGCAACCAAGACAAGCCAAGCAACACCAAGAAGUUCUGCGAAGCUUCGUGGAGGUUUGUUUUCUACCUCAUCGCAUUCACAGCAGGACUCACCUUCUUGAUUGAUACAGCUUGGUUUUGGGACCAACGUGAGUGCUGGUGUGGAUACCCCAAACAACCUGUGGCUGAGUCGCACUACUGGUACUACAUUCUGGAGCUCAGCUUCUACUGGUCAUUGCUGCUGUGUGUCUCCGUGGACGUCAAACGCAAAGACUUCAAGGAGCAGAUCAUCCAUCACAUUGCCACCAUCUCAUUGAUUAGUUUCUCCUACUGCGCCAAUUUCAUACGGGUCGGAACAGUUGUGAUGCUGCUACACGACUCAUCUGACUUCCUGUUGGAGUCUGCUAAGAUGUUUAACUACGCCGGCUGGAAGACGACGUGUGACAGCCUGUUUGUUGUUUUUGCUGUGGUUUUCCUGGUAACUCGCCUUUUUGUUUUUCCGAGCAGGGUGCUUUACUCCACUUUUGUGGAGUCACUGGAUUUCUUCAAGCCAUUCCCUGCUUAUUACUUCUUCAAUGGCCUCCUGCUGGUGCUGCAGGCACUGCACAUUUUCUGGGCUUAUCUCAUUCUGCGGAUGCUCUACAAAUUCAUCUUCUUGGGCAAAGUGGAGAGGGAUGAGCGGAGCGAUGACGAGAGCGAUGUAGAGGAGGAGAGAGAGGACAAUGGCAUGGAGGAAGUGUGUUGCUGGGAGCAGAGCAAGGGAACCAUCAACUCCAAGCUUGCCUCGCUGGCUGACAACUGUGUCCUCAACAAUCUGACCCAUCAGAGGAGACACAUGAACAGCAGAUUGCCCAAAGCCAGAUAGUAUUCCUCCUCCACUUCACUGUUAAUGUUUAGUACAAGCCAUUCUUGCAUAAAACACCACAUAAGAGCAUUUUAUACCCUGUUUUAACCCAAGGAAUAAGACAGGAAUUUAUUCUUGUAAUCUGUUCAUUUCUCAUGAAAGGUACACAGUAGCAGUCUUUACUAUGUUUUAAAAGGAUACGCCAAGUCUUUUAACCUCAUGUCUAUCCAUUGCAUCUGAAGAGUAUGUGCAUUUUUUCCCUGUAUGAAGAAAAGAACCAAACCCUUAUUGGUUCAAAACUCGUAUAUAAUGGAAGUUUCAGGCAGUUGUUGAAACGUUUCAAUAUAUUUAAAAAGUGUGAAUUGAUAAUGUAAAUUAAACACUACAACCUUUACACAGUACAGGUUUUAGGAUGAGGCACAUGAUAGUGUUAUUCAAGACUGGAGCAUUCAUCCUUUUUUUUUUUUUUUUCUUCUCAGUACAGGAAAACUGUAAAAUACUGAUCUCUGGUCUCCUCCAUGACACUUAGAACACACAUGCAGUUGGCAGUAGGUAGAGUAAAAACACUGGCGUAUUUGCUUAAGCAUUCUAAAUGUUUUGGCAUUACAACUCAGUAUAAACAGGAGUAUUAAUUUGGAAAUAUAUAUCCAAUGUAUGGAAUGCAUUACAUUCCUAGCAAGAAAUAAUGGCAUUUAGAAAAAUGUAGGAACAAGUAUAACCCUACAGUUUAGUCAAACCUCAGAAAAUCUUUGCAUAUAACUUUCAUGUUGUUUAGUUCUAUGUUCCUAAUGAUUCAGUGUUAUAAUGUAGGAAAGACAGAUUGCAGUUAGUUAGCUUUGUCUAACGGCAGAAUAUCUUUGCACUGUUCAAUUUUCCCACUAGGGCUCACAAAAUGGCAUCAGAUUUACCUUCUUAAAGUAUAUGAUUUUCCUGCAUAUAUUAUGUGCAAGGGCGGCACGGUGGUGUAGCGGUUAGCGCUGUCACCUCACAGCAAGAAGGUCCGGGUUCGAGCCCCGUGGCUGGCGAGGGCCUUUCUGUGUGGAGGUUGCAUGUUCUCCCCGUGUCCGCGUGGGUUUCCUCCGGGUGCUCCGGUUUCCCCCACAGUCCAAAGACAUGCAGGUUAGGUUAACUGGUGACUCUAAAUUGACCGUAGGUGUGAAUGGUUGUGUGUGUCUAUGUGUCAGCCCUGUGAUGACCUGGCGACUUGUCCAGGGUGUACCCCGCCUUUCACCCGUAGUCAGCUGGGAUAGGCUCCAGCUUGCCUGCGACCCUGUAGAACAGGAUAAAGCGGCUAGAGAUGAUGAGAUGAGAUAUUAUGUUCAUAAUUUUUUUUUAUUUGAGAAGACUCAGCCCCACCUAGUGGUGGACUCAGCACUGACCUGCUUGACUCUAGGCAUCUUCCCUCUGUAAAAAAAAAAAAAUAAUAAUAAUAAUAAUAAAUUAUUGAUUUAUGAAAUCUCAGCACUUUGCACAAUGCGGACCUGAAUGCUCAGCUCAGCUCUUUCUCCAGUAGUAACUGCAGCUCAGAUUGCCUUAAGACCAAAAGGUUUAUUUUUGUGUCCACAUAAUUUGAGCAGUAUAAUUGCUCUUAAACUUUUGCUCAUCUUGGUACCAACACUAGAAAUAAUAGCAUUGACAGAUUAUUUGGACUGGACUGAUAAUUUUGCUAUUUUGCAAAAGAUUGGCUUUGGAAGCAUCUGAGAAAAAGUAGUGAAAAUAGUCGUAGAUUUGCUUUUUUGUAGCUUAGUCUGUCCCCAGCUCCAACCAGCUUUUACAGGAAGCUCAGGAGCUCAUAGGAAAUCCAUACCGACAUUUAAGCACAAUCUAAUAGGCGUCCGUAAAGGUAUAGUUUGGUCAAAAAACGUUAGCAAGGCUGGUAACAGUGACCAUGCUGUUCCAGUUUUCAUUUAAUAUGGGUCAUGUUUAGCAAUUCUGAAUGAACAAUGCCUUGGAUACUGGUGUACAGCUCCAAAAAUCAGGUACCCCAGAGCCAUUUUAUUCUGAAGUGUACUAGUAUGCCAGUGGUCACAUAAUGGCCUCCCUGAGUCCUUGAGUUAACUUUGUUUGAACGGUAUUAACAGGGAAAUUAUUUGUAUCCGGUUACCCAGUAGACAUGCACUCCUUAUUGCAGAUGCUUACUUGACUUGUCUGAUGUUAUUUGCUUGUAGUUAUUACUGAACUUUCUGCCUGUGAGCCAGUGUCUGCAGGGCCUUGUACUUAUGAAAUGUCUCAAGAGUAUAAAUGCUGGUCUGGGGUCAGUUUUGCCUUUAAUGACCUAACAGUAGGUGCUGGUCCUGGAUCAUUCUCUGAGAGGAUUGACUUGCAUGGGCCCUUGAUCUUAAAUGACUGGUCAUUUCUUCUGUAUAAAUAAUCUGCUACUACAUUCUGUAGUUGAAGCACCAACUUUGUCAAUUAUGUUGCAGUGAUACCAGAUAGGGUAUUUAUUGUUGAGUCUGUAGGGUAAAUGUAUGGCUGUAGUGGUGAUAUGCCACACCAGGUUGUUGUACAGGCUUCAGGGUAUAUUCUCUCUACUUACUUUUAAAUAAAUAAAUAAAUGCUAAAACAUCCA